AUGUCAUAUAUUGACCUAGAUGCUUGUCUCAAUCAACUUAAAUGUGAAUAUGGAUAAUAACAUUAAAAUUCAGAAAUUUUAUUAUUAUCAUUAGAUUAAGGGAUAAAUAUAAAGAAUCGCUUGAAAUGUAAAUAUUGUCUUCAGGCUCAUUAUGGUAAGUUUGAAAGUAUGGCGAUUUUCCAAGUUCUUCAAGCAAUAAAAGAUAAAUUUAUGAGUAUAGAAAACCAUCGUUUAGAAAGAAUAAAUGAAGAGAAAUAAGGUUUAAUAAAAAUCAAAGAUGAUAUAACUAAUUUGAAAUCAAACUUAAAUUAAAUCUUAGAUGAAUUUUCUAAUUUGAUUGAUUAAUUGAACGUUGAGUACGAUAAUAUAUUAGGAAAUAUAUAGUUUAACUUAAUGAAUGAAAUUUAAGAAAUAGCUGAAUAAUAAUAUAGUAGUAUUAAUCUCACUUUAGAUUAAUUUAAUAAUAAAUUGAUAUCAAUAAAGAUGUCAUAUAAAGAAAAAUUUCAAAAAAAGCUAUUAAAUAUAUAAGAAUAGAUUUCUUCUAUUGUUGAAAAAUAUUCUUAAAAUGAUAGUAGAAAUAAAGAAAAUGAAAUACAAUUAAUCUAAAAUAAUAUUUAAAGAAUAUCAAACAUAAAAAUAAAAAUUAUAAAUAAUGCAGAAUCAAAUUAGAUAAUAAAAUAUUAAAAUAUAUCUGAAAUUUAAUGUUAAUAUUGUCUUGCUCUAGCUUUUGAUUAUUAAUGUAAAUAAUUAGCAGUUUGUUCUAAAGAAUAUUAAGUUGAGAUAUAUAAUAUUGAGAAUGGAAUUAUAUAGAAUAAAUAAUCAAUAUUAUAACAUUAGAAUAAAAUAUAUUCAAUUAUUUAUAGUAAAAAUUAAAAUUGGUUAGUAACAGGAACAGGGGAUGGUAAUAUUUAUAUAUGGAAAUUAUAAGAUUCUUAAUGGUAGAAAUUUACAUCAUAAUAUCAACAUCAAAGUACUGUUUUCUGUCUUUUACUGAAUAAAAAAGAAGAUAUUUUAUUUUCAAGUAGUGAGGAUUAAACUAUUAUAAUAUGGAAUUUAGAUAUUGAUUAAAAUAAACUAGAAAUAAGGUAAUAAAUUAAUACUGAAUCUGGAAAUAUAUAUUCUAUAAGUCUAAAUGAAUAAGAAAAUUACUUAGCAUGUUGUAGCCGAAAAAGUAAUAUAAUGAUAUGGGAAAAUUAAGGAUAAAACACUCAAUGGGUACUUAAGUAAAUCAUCUAAUUGGAUGAAAAUUUAUUUGGUUUUAGAUUAGGAUUUUAUGGUGAUUUUCUGAUCUUUCAACCUAAAAAUAGAGGAAUUUGUAUAAUUUAUAAAGAGGAAAGUUUGUAAUUCUAAGAAUUUUAAUAACUCUAAUUAAAUAAUAAAGAAUCCAAUGAUGAAGUAGGAUUAUCACCAAUUAAAUAUAGCAAGAUGAAAGAUGUUAUGAUAUUGAAACAUAAUAUAAGUAUUUAUUUUAUUAGAAAAUAAUCGGAUUAGAAAUUUUAAAUCUUUGGAGAAUAAAUUAAUUGUCAAAAUAAUAUACAUUUUUCAACUAUAGCAUUGAAUGGAGAAUACUUAGCUUAAUGGACUAACGAUUAGAAAAUAACUAUAUAUAAAUUAGAUUUAGAAUGA